CAAGGACACACCUGGCAUCUCGGGCGGCUUUGAUCUCCCCGUCUCCGAUCGUAACGGCUUUUGCUUUUCAAUUGCUCCGCCGGUUCAUCCCAUCCGAAUCGCCAAACGUUCGUUAACCGCCCGAAACCGCACAUUGCAGCGUCACCAUUGCUUCUUGAUUUCGUUUCCGCGUCAUCAUCACACCGCUGGUGCGGGCAUCAAUCCAGAGCCGACGAGAAUUCUUGUGCCGGUGUUUCACUGCAGCAGUCUGGAGUGCAAAACAAAAGACAGCAACCGGCAGACAAAGCAGGGAUCGUCGUUGCCCAAGGACAAGCAGACGUUCAAGGGUACCAACCGCUUUGUUCAACCAUAGCAUCCCGGUAAGCCGUUGAACCACUGCAUCUGCUGCCCGCACACACGUCCCUAGCCGACAGACGCAUCAGCCCACCAGGACAUCAUCGCCUGUUGAUCGAACAGCGCCCGAGCUCGAGGAACACAGGGGCAGAUAGACAGACACUAUGGGUGCCCACACUCCAGUCGUCUCCUCGGCCGCCGUGUUCGAGAUAGAUAAAAGCCCUCCUCUCUCGCAGCAGACCACAUUCCUGCUGUCACCACCAUCAGAGAAGAAAGCUGGCCUACAUCCUGUCUCAGUCUCCAUUACCGCUAUCCCACCGCCCACUCCCACCACCAAGUACGCCCUUUCCCAUACCCACUCUCAUCAGUCGAGUACUUUGACGGCCGUUGGAAGAGGCUCCUCCAGAGGCAUCAUGGCCCCCUUUGCCAAAAUGUCGCAGCCCAUGCGCACCCAUCUUGUCUUUGGAAUAGGCGAGUUUGUCGGAACCUUCAUGUUCUUGUUCUUUGCCUUUGCUGGGACACAGGUGGCCAACACGGCUCCGGCCAAUGCCGCAAAACUACCCUCGACGAGCAACCUGCUGUACAUUGCCUUCGCUUUUGGCUUCAGUCUGAUGGUGAACGUUUGGGCCUUUUUCAGGGUUACCGGCGGUGCUUUUAACCCUGCUGUUACGCUCGCACUUGUCCUCGUUGGUGGUUUCCCCGCCGUUCGUGCUGUCAUUGUCAUCGUUGCUCAGAUCCUGGGUGCCACUGCGGCUGCUGGGUUGGUUCAAGUGAUUUUCCCCGGUCCGUUGGCUGUGGAAACUACUCUGGGAGGCGGAGCGACUGUUGCCCAGGGCUUCUUCAUCGAGCUAUUCUUGACGUGCGAGUUGGUCUUUGUCAUUUUGAUGAUGGCCGUCGAGAAACACCAGGGAACGUUUGUUGCUCCAGUAGCCAUUGGCCUGGCUUUGUUCCUGUCUGAGUUAGUCGGCGUCUAUUUUACCGGCGGCAGUCUCAACCCUGUCCGCUCCCUCGGCCCGGCCAUUGUCAACCGCCACUUCCCUGGAUACCACUGGAUCUACUGGCUGGGUCCCGUGCUCGGUGCUCUCCUGGCUUGCGGGUUUUUCAAGCUGUUGCAGGCCCUCCGGUACGACGAUAUCAACUCGGGUGCGGACGACGACGGUCGUGGAGACCUCGAGGGUGCCCGUCACGCGCAUCAAGAUGGAUUGAAACACACUCCUACCAACCUUACGCAACCCCUCGCUAAUGGCGAGGCGGCUGCACUCCACAACCAGCCGGCGCAGGUACCGAGGGAGGAGUUGUGAUGGCCCAAAAGACGUGGGGGGCAAUGAUUGGUGAUUCCUGAGGGGGUGCUGCUGUUCGCGUGUUACUGACAAGUACUUGCUUGGCUUUCCUUUUCUUUUUCUUUUUUUUCUUCUUUUCCUUUUGUUUUUGAAUAACCUUUGGCGUUGGGAUUAGAAUGGAUGCCUUUAUUCUUUGGACGGAACGGAUACUUGAACUGAAUUCUUGGUUGGGACGAGAAAUGGACAACGGAUAACGAACCCCUGAGUAACGACGAUGAGAAGAGCACCUACAAUGCGACCAGACCUAUAGUACCAGAGCCCCGUUGUGGCCAUGCUAGUAAUGCCUACUACCUACUACCUAGUACUGCUAUAGUGAUCAGUAUCAAUAAAAAAAAUAAUGAUAUGGUGAGAA